UUGCAAUGGGAAUUUUCAACAUGAAACGAUUACAUGUCUUUGCUUAGUUUUUAUUAUUUAAUUAUCGAUAUUUUAAUAUCCUUUGUUUCUUCCUUUUUUUUCGAUGCAGUUGAGAAAUAACGUCACAAUUUUUUCGUGCUUCAGGAUCGUAAUUUUUAUAAGGUUUUAAUAGUUGUGAGGUUUUACCUUUAUAAAGAAUAUCUCAUUUACAGUAUUCAAACAGAUUUUAAAACAUCUGCAGAAUGUAAAUAAAUAAAGUAAAAAAAGCAAGAAACUGUGUUGUAAUUGAAAAUUGAAAAUAUGGUAUUUAUUAUUUAUAUUCUUAAACUUCAUUGAGAAGAGAUAACAACAGAAAGCUAUGCGAAUUUUAUCAGAUUAAUUACUAAUACCUAAUCAAUAAAUAACAUAGUAACACGUUUUAACCAAAAUGAUAAUAGCAGGGAAAAUUACUUCUGGUCAAUUAGUCAAAGUCCUGGGUAUAAUACAAUGCGUGUUGGCCAUAGUUGUCACUUCACUUGGUAUAACUAUAACGAUCAAAUUCGCACAUGUCCAUCACGAGAAAGACACGCCGUACGAGCAUGCAACGGAAUACGUGAAUAACCCAUGGACGACGGAAUACGGGGCUGCCAUAUGGAUGGGUCUUGUGAUGUUAGUUGCAGGCGUGGUCAGCUCUUCCGCUGAUGUAAAACCAGAAAAGUCCAAACUGACAUAUGCCUCUAUCAUUCUUAAUACCACUGUGGCAAUAUUUUCUGUCGUCUUGAUAGUAUUUUCGGUAGAUUCCAUUUCAUGGUAUAAAGACUGCCAGUACUACUACAUCCAAUCAAAUGGCAAUACAGGUAAAAACGACUGUUCAAGUAAAGACAAAUCUACGGGGAACGAUUUAUAUGUGGCGUUGUUAGUUAUGGUUUCAAUAGUCCUUCUCAUUUCUGUAGCCACGGUUAUUUUCUCAGUUAUGAACAACAUUGUGUUGUUUGAUGAUUGCUGCGAUGGCGGAUGCUUUCGUGGAUUGAUUUAUAAAUUUAAAGGUGGUAGGAAUACAGCGGUUUCCUUCAAAACAAAAAAUACACACGAAUUUGAUCAAGUUAGCGUUGGGCCCCAACCUUUCGCAAAUACCAAUGUUUACGCUUAACUUGGUCAUUGGAAGAGAAUUGUAGUAACCGCUUGCUGGAAGGCUUCAUCACUGAUGCGUGGAAACUGCCAAUUAGUCCAAGAAAGAUACAAAUUCAGAAAAGAGUAAUCGCAAAAGGUGAAAGCAACUUGCUACUCUGAACGAAGUGCAACGUAUACGCUUUGAUUAGUGUGGUAGCGAUUAGAGAAUAUUUACUGCUGGAACAUUAUUUAUACUGUUUAACAAGACAUUAAUAACUGACUUUUUAUAAUAUUCUUAAUAGUACAAUGGUGAUUUAUUUUAAUUAGAAUUUUGUAUGAUUACAAAGUUAAUAACACAAGCAAAACAAA